UCUCCGUAGAGACGCUUCGCCAUCUUGAAUUUAGUAAAAGUUGCAGACAGCCAUCGACACAGUCGCCUUAACAAACACAAAACAACCAAGAUAUGAGCGGCUCUAACUCUCGAAACAAGACUGCAGCCACAGUCAAAGGACCGGACACCGAUAUCGUCCCAACUGCAAAUUCCAGGGAGCGAAAGUCCGGUGGAGGUGUACUGAAGAGACUCAAAUCGCGACGAAAUCAAACCGAUAAACAGCGGCCUGUUAUUACAGAAGAAGAGCUAAGGGCGCUAGGAAGACACAUCACACCGGACGAAGUCCUUGGUCUGCGUGCUGUUACACGGGAUUAUCUAUGUAAACCUGAGGACAAUGUCUACAAUAUUGACUUCACACGUUUCAAGAUUAGAGAUCUGGAGACUGGGACAGUGCUCUUUGAGAUUGCUAAACCUCACAACUGUGACCCGGAAGAUGAGGAAGAAGAGAAUGGAGACGUAGACACCAGUGCUGGACGCUUUGUGCGGUAUCAGUUUACGCCGGCCUUCCUCAGACUGCGGACUGUUGGUGCAACUGUCGAGUUCACCGUGGGGGACCGGCCUGUUAACAGCUUUCGCAUGAUAGAGAGGCAUUAUUUCCAGGAUAAAGUUCUCAAGAACUUUGACUUUGACUUCGGAUUCUGCAUCCCAAACAGCUGCAACACUUGCGAACAUAUCUAUGAGUUUCCCCAGCUCCCUGAGGACCUCAUUUGCCUAAUGGUGGAGCACCCGUAUGAGACCAGGUCAGACAGCUUCUACUUUGUGGACAACAAACUGAUCAUGCACAAUAAGGCAGACUACGCCUACGAUGGGGGCGAGUAGUGCCUGAAUAUUAGCGUCUUGUGUGCAAUGCAACGCAGCGGUCACAUUGCCCCAGAACACAACCACAAUAUAGCCCUUUUGGGAACAGGAGUAUACUUCCUCCACUUCAGACAUUCCAACAAACUUUACCAGCCCCAGGUUUGGGAAAACAGGACCAUGUCUGCCUUCAAAACAAGUUGAUCAUUUAUUUGUUACCUCGUACCCCUCUGUUGCUGGGACUCAUAGGAAACUUUUGUCAAUCACUCUUUUGUAAUGUUGAACAUGUUUUUCUUUUAAUAUUUUCGAACAUUUAAAUGGUUACUUUUUAAUACGUAUUAUUUUAAUCUGCCUUGAGUUAGUUCAGUAUUUGUUGCAAUAUCCUUGUUUUUGUUGGAAUACAUUUAGACAUAUCUUGUGGGUUUGUGUAACUAAUCAGCCUAAUGAUCUAAUACACAUUCGAAUUUAAUAAUAUUAAUUUCAAUUUCUCAAGUUGUCAUUUUUUUCAGGGUUGCCAUCUAUCUCCCUGGUGAAAGGCCACUCUGUUACCAAACGGCUCUACAGAGGGAAUCUGGAACUUUACAUGAUCCCAAAGUGAAUGUUGAAUACUGGAUAUUUUUAGCCCGUAAGAUGAACACUGGUUGAAGUUGAGCAUGUUGUUAUUUUGUCUAUACAACAAUAGUUGACAGAUGGCAAGCCAAUUACAACUUUUUGAUACCACCUAAUUUGAUUGAACAAGUAAAUACAUUUUUGCUACUCAUUGUGCUCUAGUAACAAUCAUUAUCCUUUGCUGUGUCUUUCCUCCUCAGAUAGUGGGCUAAAUAUUCAGCUGUGAGACUAACAAAUGCUCCAUGACUUAGAAACCUUGAUAGAAGCUGUAUUAUUCAUAUUGGGUGUCCCAUUUCACCUCUAGCUGUAUAUACAACCAAUAAUCUCUGUUGGCUAUGAGACAUUUUUGUAUUAACUGCCAUUGGUAGUAAGUCACAGAUGGCACCCCUGGCCUUUUUAAGUUGUUAGCAUUUGUGACAGUGCUGGAAAUGUACUUGCAGUGUGUUUGUGCCUGCUGGAGUGAUACUGAGCCUCCCAACACUAAAUUAAACCUCUCCAUGGGCCUUUGUAUUCAGACUGUUAAA